AUGGCAUCAUUUGUUGCAGCCUUCGCCAAUCCAUUCAACUAUAUUGGUGGGGUGAACUUCAGCUCAGACAGAGACAUUCCAGACCUGGCCGGAAAAGUUGUGCUGGUGACGGGCGGAAACGCUGGCCUUGGUAAGGAAAGCAUUAUUCAGCUGGCGAAACAUAAUCCAAGCAAAAUAUUUCUUGCCGCUCGUUCGGAAUCCAAGGCCACGGAGGCAAUCAAGUCAAUCAAGUCAUAUAUCUCGAACGAUGUUGAGAUUGUUUGGCUGCCUUUGGACUUGGUGUCCACCAAGUCGAUUCGCAAUGCGGGCGAGCAAUUCAAUGCCCAAUCCCAACGUCUCGAUAUUCUAAUUCUAAAUGCGGGCGUCAUGUCUCUUCCCUCGGGUGAAACAGAAAUGGGUCAUGAGAUUCAACUUGGAACGAAUCAUACCGGACACUUCCUGCUCACCAAAUUGUUACUGCCAACCCUGCUCAAAACGGCCGAGGAGCCCAAUUCCGACGUCCGUGUUGUGUCACUCUCUUCUGUCGGGCACAAUCUUGCUCCAUCUUUCGAUACUUUUCUAGACCAAGAAAAACUCAAAAAUGUCAACACCAAUGCUCGUUACGGUGCCUCGAAAGCCGCAAACAUUCUUUUCGCUGCAGAACUUAGCCGCCGCUAUCCAUCCAUAACCUCGGUAUCUGUUCACCCUGGCAUCAUCUUGACAGAUCUUUACGAUCCCAUCAGCCAGCGCUCAUCUGCCAUCGCGUUGGGCUCAAAAACAAUGCGAAUCUUUGGUUCUUCGAUUCCUCAGGGCGCAUGUAAUCAGCUUUGGGCGGCUGCUGGUGCGAAGAAGCAAGACCUUGUCAAUGGAGGAUAUUAUGUCCCCAUUGGUAAUUUGAAACAUCAUAACAAGUAUGCACAGAGCGAGGAAAUGGGAAGACGGCUGUGGGAGUGGUCUGAGGCUGAAGCACAACGAUGGGGCUUCUGA